AUGGCAUCGGAAGAUGGCCCUAAACUUGUUAUUGAAACUGCUAGGGGAGCGUUUAGCCCCAAUUUCCAAGUUGAUAUCAUUGUCAACAACGCUGGCUUCGGCGCGAAUUUUUCCCUUGAAGAAUGUACGGCGGAUAACUUCGCGCAUAUGUAUAACCUAAACACCCGCGGUCCUUUGUUUCUGGUGAAGGCUGCCCUCCCUUAUCUGCCUCACGACCGCAGCGGAAGGGUCAUCAACAUCUCCAGUGUGGCGAGUAGUUUGGGCGCCCCUGGUCACUCCAUUUAUGGCGGCACAAAGGCGGCUCUGGAGAGCAUGACAAGAACGUGGUCUAGGGAGCUGGCGGAGAGAGCUACAGUUAAUUCUAUCAAUCCGGGUCCUGUAGCGACAGACCUUUGGGACGCUGCAUCGCCAGAGUUGAAAGCGAACAUCUCCACUCUAAAUAUGAUGACCCCUUUGGCGGCGGUGAGGAAGGGAAUCGAUAGGGCAGACGUGGUAGAAGAAGCCCAAUCACAGGGAGGUCGAUCGGCAUAUGCCAAUGAAAUUGCCGCGCUAGUUGCCCUUCUGUGCAGUCCUGACUCUGCCUGGUCCACCGGGAGUGUUCUCUGCGCAAACGGUGGGAUGAGAUUUAGCUACUAG